AUGCCCUCACUUACGGUUAUAUCGCAAGAGAUAAGUAUUUACUUUGGUAUAUUUGUUUUUAUCACUGGUACUAUUGGCGGUUCCUUCAAUAUCAUUGUGUUCCUUAGUUUGAAAACAUUUCGUGAGAGUGCCUGUGUAUUUUAUCUAACGAUUCUUUCAAUUGUUAAUAUUGGAAUACUAAUCACUGGGCAACUAACACGUAUCUUAAUAAGUGGAUACAAUAUUGAUUGGACUCAAACAUCAUUAUUCUAUUGUAAAUUUCGAAUAUAUUCUCUACAAACAUCGACAUUGAUAUCAAUGACAUGUAUCUGUCUGGCGAUCCUCGACCAGUAUUUUUCAACAUCGUUGCCAAUAAGAUAUCGACAAUUAAGUCAAAUCAAAAUAGCUCACCGCAUAUGUGGAUUAAUCGUAUGUUUCUGGGCUGUAGUCAAUUGCCCAUAUUUGAUUUAUUACACACAUAUUCAAUCUUCUUCAGUGCAGAAUCAAAUAACCUGUUCGACAACUAAUAACGCUUUCCUACAAUAUGUUAAUUAUGUUUCGGCUAUUUCAUUAGCAAGAAUUAUGCCAUUGAUUAUCAUGGGUAUAUUUGGAUUUCUAUCUCACAAAAAUAUCCAACGAUUAUCUCACCGGACACUACCAAUCAUUCGACGCGAACUUGAUAAACAAUUGACUCUAAUGAUAUUUACUCAAGCUAUUGUUGCUUGUUUGAUUAUUUUGCCGUAUAUAGUUUUGUAUUUUGUUAUGAUGAUACCAAAUUUGGAUUCGAAUACGUUGACACAGCUAAAAUUUGUUUCGUCGCUCUGUUCAGCGAUUUACUAUUUAUAUUUUUCGAGUCCAUUUUAUAUUUAUUUCUGUUCAUCGAGUCGAUUUCGUCGACAGUUGAAAUAUGUGGUGUUCGAUAUUUAUGUUCGUCAAUGCCGACCACAGCAGAUUCAUCCAAAUCAAAUCGCUCCUCAGAUUUCGUAG